AUGUUCUUCUCUCACGCUUCCGUGCUUCCUGCUUUGCUUCUCGCAGUGCUUCCUGCUCUCGCGGCGCCAGCCUCGAGUGCUUCCGCGUCGCCCUCUGCAACCGUUGGAACUACCAGUGCAGUGACUGCUGGGAGCGCUGGGAGCAGCUCAUCCGGGGCAUCCGCUGCUCAAGUCACUCCUGCUUUCUGGGUCGACAUCGAAGAGUUUGCAAAGCUACACUCGGAUGACAAGAACGAAGGCUCUGGCGAUGGCCAAAAGCGACCCUACGGCAUCACUGGACCCAAUGCUGUCAAGUUCAAGUUUAACGGGGAUGACUACAAGGAGGAGACCUUCAAGAUCAGCUACUACAAGUCCUCUUCCUGGUCCAUGCCGUCGGGCACUUACAACCCCGAGGCGUGGACGACCGCCAGCGGGACUGCCACCAAAGUCAUUGAGUGUGUCGCCACCGCGAGCGCUAGCUUGACCGAGAACGCUUGGCUGGUUCCGACCCCGGACAUUUCGACCACUACAGGUGGUGUGGGCUCCGGCGACGGCCAAAAACGACCCUACGGUAUCACCGGCCCUAAUGAAGUCAAAUUUACUUUUGGCGACCCGGUGGAUUACAAGGAAGAGACCUUUCGGGUGACGUUUUACGAGACGCAGACGACUUGGCCGGCGGUGGCGACGGAGACGGGAUCGGAUUAUGAUCAGAAUUGGUGGACGAUUAAUCAGGGGGAGCCUACCAAGGUCAUCGAGUGUGUGGCGACGGCGACGUCCAGUGUCACCGAAGCUGUUGAUGUCUACCCUACACCUGACCUCGCUAUCACCGAUGGGCCUGUCAAUGUGAAGUGUACCGAUGUCAGCUAA